UCAUUACUCAUCCCCCAGCAGACGUCUGUAAUCAGCGCGGUUCUGGACGUCGGAAUGCCCAUUCCGUGACUCAGCGACGGAUGGCGAGAUUCGAUGCAUGCUUUGCGUUGAUCGAUACGUCCAUGGGACGGCCGGCCGGACCAGUCCUCACAAGCUCACUUUGGCGACGACAAAGAGACGCAUAGGUAGGCAGCAGUCUGACCACCAAUCUCAGGCUGCAGCAACGGUAACCCCGGACGGAUAUGGAGAGGAGAGGGAUCUACGGAGUAGUUACGGAGUAGAUACUGUGUCUGUCUACACAGUCGUGUCUGCUGUUGGCUGCAAGGGGUGCCGUCUCGAGCACCCCGUGACUGACACUGAAGACACUUUCCCCUCCCCCCUGCCAAGGGCAAAAAGUGAAAGGAAAGGAAAGGAAAGAAGAGAGAAGAAAGGUCUACAGACUUUCCUCUCCUUCCCCCUCCCUUCCCGUUUCCCCUCCGUCUACAUCGAUCCCAACGAUAACAAUAAUGCAUGGGUAUCAACUCAGUAUGUCCGUCAUGAAAAAGUCCUGCCGUCCGAUCGAAGCGAACACCAGGGUGGAGUAGACGCAGCUCUGCUAAAAACUGUUUGGUUUUGAUCUUCCACUGAACGAACUAUAAAACAAAGUAUGCUUCUUCGCCAUUGAAAAGGCUAGACGCGCACUGUGUGGGUUGUGUGCUACGGGGGCGUCGGUCAACCGCGAGCAUUGGCAGGAGAUCGAUCAAUCGACAGUCAAUCGACAGUCAAUCAACAGUCGAUCGAUCGAUGGGGUAUAAUUCCAUCUGUGAUGACUGGGUGUUCAUCAGAACAGGCGAGGAUAUCAUGCAUGAAAUAUCCAGACCUGUUGCUGAGGGCUGAAGGUAGUAGGUUGA